AUGGCCGGUCCAACCCUUCCUACUUCUUCUUCUUCGAGCGGGGUGGAAUUUGUUUAUGGCGUUUCUGUGGGCGAUGGUGUUUCUGCUAUUACUGCUAGUGGAUUUAUAUCCGUCUUUGCUAUUUUAUGCCUAGUACUUAUGUUUGUCACGACCCAUCGCAGCCUCAAGUUUUCACGGACAGGAACCCACCUCCUCUUAUAUUUUGGCUGCCUGUUACUCUCAGAUGCGCUCAGAGCUACUGGCGCGAUCAUGAACCUCCGUUGGAUCACACUUGGGGGCGUGAGCAAUGAUACUUUCUGCACAGUCCAGGGCGCUAUAACGCAGGCAGGGAACGUCAGCGGCGCAAUUUGGUCUUUCACGAUCGCGUCGCACGUGUUCAACCUUCUGUUCCUACGAUUCGAGUCGACAAGGUUGAUGUCGUUUGCACUGGUCGGCUUUGGAUGGUGCUUCACUGCUGUUGUAGUUCUCCUUGGGCCAGCGACGAUAGAGACGAAAGAGAGAGGACCCUACUUCGCAACCUCGGGAGAGUGGUGUUGGAUAACGCAAAACUAUCGCCUGGAACAAUUGCUGUUGCAGCAUCUCUUCGAGGGCCUUUCCGUUCUCCUCAGUCUAAUUUUUUACGCUCUCACUCUCAUACGUGUCCGCGGCAACCUUAUCAAGGUCAACAAUCGGUGGACGCUCCGUUUCUUGUCCAAAGAAGACUCAUGGAAACUUGACUUGAACCGCGACUACACUGACAUCACCUCCAUUGGACUAGUCAAGCACAUGAUCUGGUACCCUGUCGCCUACGCGAUCCUCAUCCUUCCCAGUGCGAUUACUCGGAUAAGCGCAUUCAGCGGAACGCGCCCACCAUUUGGGGUGACCGUCUUUGUGGAAUUUGUGUUUGAUUUGUCCGGACUUGUGGAUGUUGUCCUAUUCGUCACUCUCAACCAGAUCUUUCCCGACGCAGGCUCCCAGCCAGCUUUUAAUGCACGCAGAAAAACGAUCGAUCCCGGUGUGAUGGAGAAUGGUGUCUCUCCAUUCACGCUCGACAAACCAGUCGACCCUGACUCAAGGAGCAUUAGGACGAUAAACUCUGUUACCCCAUUGAAUGUAUCAUGA